AUGAAUCCGCAGUCUCAAGGUGAAGCUGAUACACAAGCACGAGCACGGAUGCAAGCUGAGGCUCAGAUAAGAACUCAGCUUCUUGCCCAGUCGAAUACUCAAACUCGGGCCCAGGAACAAAUAUCCGCACAUUUCCAAAGUCCACAAAUUCAGGUGAUGCCAAAUUCCAUGAUUUUUCUUCCUGUGGGGCCUAUUUCUGGACCGAUGGAUCCAAGAAUGCAAGUGCGAAUGCAGGUGGAGCAGAGAGAACGUAUGCUCGCAGAGGAGUCACUCAGGCCACAGAAAAGGAAAAGAAAGAAAUUUCAUGAGGUGGAACGUUUGUACAAGUGCAACUAUCCGAAUUGUACUAAAGCUUAUGGUACAUUAAACCAUCUCAAUUGUCAUAUUGUUCUUCAGAAGCAUGGAAAGAAAAGAAUGCCCUCGGAAUUCAAGGAAUUGAGAGAAAAGCUGAAAAGACGCAGGAAGGCUGAGAGGGAGAAACUUAGGAAACAGAAAGAAGAGGAGCAAAAUAUCAGAGAUGAAGAACAACGAAAGUAUAAACUACAGAGGCUUCCUAAGUUACCUCCGAUACAGCCGAUGCCUGCUCCACCAAGCGAAACUUCUUCUCUGCGAAGAGUGUAUCCACCAUUUACUUCUAACCUGACACCAUCUGCUCCCUCCGCUCAUUCAGUUACUUCUACUACUUCUGGGCCAUCCAUCUCGUCUGUUAUGAAUGCCCCUCCUAAUUCAGCUACGGAUGCUCCGGUUUCAUCACCAUAUCAUCAAAGCAGAGCAUUCCCAGCAAGUGGUCCCUUGGGUGUCUUUCCACUGGGACAACGCUCCUCGUUGUUGCCGCUGCAGCAUGGAUAUGCCCCAUUACCAGAUUCUCGUCUGCCCGGUCUACAGUACUAUUAUCUGUAUAAUCAACAGACAAGGCCAUACGCCGGAGCACUCGAUAACUCCCAAUUACCACCUCCUCACCGUCCUCUCUCUUCUCUUCCAAAGUUUCAAAUUCCUCCAGCCAUAGAAAAUCGGCCCCCAAAUCAUAAUUCACCUCGGGAAUGA